UACAUCUUUACUUGAAAUUCUUAUCUUUUUCUUCUUAACUUUAAGAUUUUUUUUUUGAAUAAACCUUUACUUUAAAUUCUUAUAUGAUGCAAAAAAAUUAAUUUGGCUGCUUUUUUCUUUUUACUCAAUUUAUUUGAUUGCUACAACUACAUCUAUAUAUAUACGUGCAUGCCUUAGAAAUUUUUUAUAUCAUUAAAAUAAAGUUGUAUGUUAUUUGUGAUGUUAUGGACAAGGUAAGCCAAUAUGAGCGUGUGUUCAACCGUUUUGAUGAAAAUGGAGAUGGUAAGAUAUCGCCGGCUGAGCUGCGACAAUGUGUUGAGGCGAUCGGUGAUGAGAAGUUAUCGGCAGAGGAUGUAGAGGCAGCCGUGGCAGUUUUGGACUCGGAUGGUGAUGGAUUGUUGGGGUUUGAUGAUUUUGUGAAGUUUGUGGAGGGUGCAAAAGAGGAAGAAAAAGUGAAUGACUUAAAAGAGGCUUUUAAGUUGUAUGAGAUGGAUGGAAGUGGUUGCAUAACACCUAGGAGUCUUAAAAGAAUGCUUAGUAGGUUAGGUGAUUCUAGAAGUAUAGAUGAGUGUCAACUUAUGAUUUCUAAGUUUGAUCUUGAUGGGGAUGGGAAAAUCAGUUUUGAUGAAUUUAAGGUGAUGAUGUUGUAAUUAUGUGUUUGUUCCUAUUCUUUGAAUUAUUGAUACACUUUUUUCUUCUAUAGAGAAGUUUAUUGAUUCAAUUUGUUCUUUA